GAGCGCAUGCAAGGAAAAAAUUGAUCUAAGGGAUCAAAUUUGCAACUUUAAAAGUCAGCUGGCAAUCACUAUAAAGGAAAAAGAAAUGGCUGCAGCGAUUAAUGACUUAAACAAUAGGUUGCUACUUGCAGAGCAACAACAAAAAUUUAAAGAUGAGCUCCUACGAGAAAAAGCAAACGAAUUGGAGAAAGGUGAUCUCAUCAAAAUGAAAGAUAGGCAAAUACUCGAAGAAAAAGAAAAGGUGAACUUUAUGAUGGGGAAUAUAAGUAGUCUGAAGCGGCAGUUGGCGAAGGCAAGAGACGAAAGUACUGCUCAAAGGACGGACAUUACUGAAAAAACAGAGCAAGUGAAGAGUCGAGAUGACAUUAUAAGAUUAAAAGAACAAGAACUAAGUGAUAAAAGUGAAAAGAUUAAAAAUAUAACUGAAGAAAUUACCAAUAAAGAUGCCCAACUGCAGAACCUGAGGGCCCAGAUUUCGAGCAAAGACAGUGAAAUAGAUGCCCUUCAAAAUCAGAUUAAAUCUGAUUCGCAAAAACUAACUGAAGAACGCUUUCAGUUGGCCAAGGCAAGAGACGAAAUUAAUGCAAAAAACAAGGAUAUAAUUAAUGAAACUGAGCAAGUGAAGAGUCGAGAUGACAUUAUAAGAUUAAAAGAACAAGAACUAAGUGAUAAAAGUGAAAAGAUAUAAAUUAUAACUGAAGAAAUCACCAAUAAAGAUGCCCAACUGCUGAACCUGAGUGCCCAGAUUUCGAGCAAAGACUGUGAAAUAGAUGCCCUUCAAAAUCAGAUUAAAUCUGCUUCGCAAAAGCUAACUGAAGAACUCUUUUUGUGUCGUGAAACGGAAAGUUGUCCAACUGGCCGUCCAAAUGGAAUAUACAAAAUUAAAAAACCCGGAAUACCUAUAUUUGAGGCUCCCUGCAAUUCGAGUGGUUGGAUGACCAUUCUAAGGCGACAGGAUGGAUCCGUGGACUUCCGCCGGGACUGGGUUAGCUAUAGGACUGGGUUUGGAAACUUAGAAGGAGAGCUGUUCAUCGGACUGGAGAAGCUGUAUCAGAUGACUAAGGAUAAGCCCCACGAGUUGUACAUUAAGCUUGUCGAUUCGAUGGAAAAUAUAGAUCACGCUCACUAUGACAACUUCCAAAUCGGAAGCGAGCGGGAAUCCUAUGAGCUAAAAUCACUGGGAACGUUUUCUGGGACAACUGUGGAUAGAAUGACAGCCAACAAAGGAAUGAAGUUCUCUACGUACGAUCGGGACAACGACUUGAGUUACUAUAACUGCGCUCUAGAGUUUAAUGGUGGUUGGUGGCACCGAGAUUUUGAGGAUUGGAGCUGUCUUACUGUAGAAUAUCCGCAAUGGGUGCCUUUCUAUGUACUUACCUUUUCUGAAAUGUUGAUCAAGCCGAAGUCAAUAUGAUCUUUAAGUGUAAUCAAUUUAUGUGCGCAAACUCAAAAAAUUAAAAAUAACAAUUAUGAA